AUGAAUUUUAAUUUCCUUUUUUGCAUUCCAAAUUCAACAAAUACAUGGGAACACAUUUACACCAUCCCAGAGAUUGAUGAAGCAAUGAGAUAAGAAAUGAUCGACAAUCCAUUUCAAACUAAAUCAGACAGUUUUUAUUUUGUAGGUGAACAGUUAGUUAUGCAUAACAAGGCUGAGUAUGAUUACUCUCCUUUUGAUUGA